GGUGCGCCCCGCCCCCCCUCCCGACCGGCCACCUUCCAUAGCUGCGCGGAGGCGGCCGCCAUUGGCUCCAGCGCCCACCGAGUGUUUGGGAGGUUGGCGGGGUUCUGAACCGUGGAAGAGUCGCUGAGUGUCGCCGGGGCAAGGGGCCAGUGAGGGGCGGACAGAGGCGUCGUGGCCGUAGGAGGCAGGUGUCCGCAAACCGAAGGUCCGGCGAGGUGGAGGGUGGGGGGUUUCCCGGAGGCUUCGGCAGGAGCGCCGGCGCAGCACCUCACAGACCCUCUGGGAGCGCCAGCACCUGAACACGAGGCUCUCUAGCGCGCGUGCGCGGCGAGGGUCUUCCCGCACCUGAUCGCGAGACCCUAACGGCCAGCGGCUCGAGGCUUCGCCUGCGCUGCGGGGUGGAACCCGUCAUGGCGCAGCUGUGUGGGCUGAGGCUGUGCGGGGCUCUCCUCGCCCUGUUGGCUUCGCUGCUCCUCUUCCGGGCUGAGGCGGCCGACGGAGAACGUGGCGUCCACGACUUUUGUCGAGUUCCGAAGAAAGUGGGAAGAUGCCGGGCCUCUUUCCCUAGAUGGUGGUACAAUGUCACUGAUGGGUCCUGCCAGCAGUUUGUGUAUGGUGGCUGUGACGGGAAUAAAAAUAAUUACAUGACCAAAGAGGACUGUCUUGAGAAAUGUGCUGGUGUCACAGAGAACACCAUUGAUGAGCUGGCCACCAGAAGGAAUGGAGUGGAUUCCGCUGUCCCAAGUGUUUCCAGAAAGCAGGAUUCUGAUGACCUCUCCAGUGACAUUUUUGACUACGAAGAAUACUGCACUGCCAAAGCAGUCACUGGGCCUUGCCGCGCUUCUUUCCCACGCUGGUACUUUGAUGCAGAGAAGAACUCUUGCGACAGCUUCAUCUACGGAGGGUGCCGGGGCAAUAAAAACAGCUACCUCUCUGAGGAGGAGUGCAUGCACCACUGCCUUGGCAAGCAGUUGUACCCUUUCAUCCCCCGUGGCUCUAAAGUGGUGGUCCUGGUGGGGCUCUUCGUGAUGGUCCUGAUCGUCUUGCUGGGCGCCUCUGUGGUCUGCCUGAUCCGGGUGGCCCGGAGGAACCAGGAGCGCACCCUCCGCACCGUCUGGAGCACUGGGGAUGACAAGGAGCACCUGGUGAAGAACACCUACGUCCUGUGAAGGCCCUGCCAGCAAGAGGCUGCCCUUCCUUGGGCCUCCCUGCGGAUGGCGAAAACCUGGGGAGGGAGGGGAGACAAGUGUAGCGUGUGUGUAUGUGCUUUUUAAAAUAGAGUGAUUGGUUUGUGCUUUUACGAUCA